GCUAACCAUUGAUUUUAACGGUAGAACGGGUGAAACAGUGUAUAGGUAUAUAAUCUAUAGUUUGCCUCCAUUUUUUGGCUGAAGACUGAGGAGGAAGUACGAGUAAUUAAUGCAAGUUGACCACGAGAUCGAGUUCUCAGAAUGAGCUGAAGGUGCGGGAGGUGACGGCUCAGACGCUUUUUUAGUCUAGGUCAAGGUAAACGUUGCCGAGCCAUUGGCUGCAUUUCUGAGCUAAGCAUAACUGACUCUGGACAACACAUUUCUGCAUUUUUUGAAGCUAGCUUUGCACUAAUCUGCACUGAAUAAGAUAUUAAGAAAGCACAAGAAAAAAACAUUGGCAAUUCUGGUUUGGAAUUCAGAUUCUAGAAGACCAUAAGAUUCCUACACUAUGAAGCGCGUACACGCACAGCGCAAAUUCGCCGCAGGAAUAAACAUCCCGAAUACACGUCAAACGCAACAAUCAGGUGUGGAUAGGAGAACCGAAACACCUCCAGAGUCUAGAGUGUUUCAGAUACACACCACACCUAGCUCCAUUCUUGAUGUUGUGUCCUUCCAAGGUAUUCACACUCACUUGCAACCCAUUGUGGUAUUAAAAAGGUUGGAAGAUACAGCAAGUACUAGCAAAGCUAACGAAAAUGGUGAAACCCAACCAUCCUAUCAAUUCAGAGACAGGUCGAAGAUAAAAAAAAGUGUACGAUGGGAACCGUGCAGUGAUACAGGUAUUUAUAAAAAACGAAAAUUAAACCCGAAUGUAUACAAAAAGAAGUCGUCAUAUAAUAUUGGAGCCCUAGUUAAGGAACUAUCUGUACCCAUAACGCCACUUCCUAGUACUUCUAAAGAUACAGCAGUUGAGGAAGUAUCUGUACACAUGUCGCCUCUUCCUAGUACUUCUAAGGAUACAGGAGUUGAGGAAGUAUCUGUACACAUGUCGCCUCUUCCUAGUACUUCUAAGGAUACAGGAGUUAAAGAAGUAUCCGUAUACAUGUCGCCUCUUCCUAGUACUUCUAAGGAUACAGGAGUUAGGGAAUUAUUUGUACCCGUAUUGUCUCCUCCUGGUACUUCUAAGGAUACAGCAGUUAUCAUUGAGAAUUCAGAUUCAAUAAUAGAAGAAGAGGAAGAAGAAGUUGUGGAAGGGCAUAUAAUGCAAGAUACCAUUGAAUACGCGGAUGAAAUCUUAGUGAAAACAAAAUUUGAGAACGCCGAUUACAAAGAAGAUACCAUUGAAUACGCGGAUAAAAUCGUAGUGAAAGCAAAAUUUGAGAACGCCGAUUACAAAGAAGGUGAUGCUGAAAAUUCUGAUGACUCUGACGAUUGUAUUAUAGAUGAUGAUUUGGAUUACAAAUUGCACUACAAACCAGAUGAGACUGAAAGUUCUGAAGAGUCUGUUAUUGUAAUUGAUAUUGAUGAUCACGCAAUAGGGGCACUGAACGUACCAGAUUUUUUUAGAAGUACAGGAGACGAGAUCGUGAUGGAACAAGAUAUAAUACCGUAUCCAACAGAAAGCCAAGUAGAAGAUGCGGUUGAUUUUGUUUAUAGCGAAGAGGCAAAUUUCACACCAGAAUGUGCACAGAUUGAAGACACUCCUAGUGCAACUGCUAAUAAUCCGGGAAUUACACGCACCGGCAAGAAUAAAAGAAAUAUCAUGUCGUGCCCCUCAAGGCACAUUACUUCAAUAAAGGAAAUUGUUUGCUGCAGUAAUACUGACCUGAAUGAGAAAUGUAACGAUUGCAAUUUUUGUACGAAAAUAAAAAUUGUAUCGUCAGCUGUGAAAGCACUAGAAUCGUCGGGAUUGAAUUUAUUACUCGCAGAGAACAUAAUCAUUGAAAAUCUUCGCACUGACCUCAUUUAUGAAUUCGGAGAAAACCUCAUUACCGACAGCGAAUUGAAAGAAAUUAUCGGGGCAGUUCGUGCUAAGCAACUUCAUAUUAAUUCACAGCAGAAUAGCCCACAGUCUAUCACUCAUACCUCCAGAGCCUCAUCAUCAGUGUCAUCUGGUCAAAACAACCAUCAAACUCGGUCAACUAUAAAUGCAAAUGUUCAGAGUAGUACGUCAAAUUCUUCCACGCCACGCAACGUACGCAAACCCUCAAAAAACUCAAAGGUCGAAAUAUCAUUUGCGAAGGCCCAAGAUAAGUCUCAGAAAACUGAAGUCACGCGUAAACAAGUUACCAGUUCUGAAAAGCGACAACGGCAUGAGACCUGUAACCAAAAUGCUGGCCCUUCCCGUGGCAAUUCGCUCGGUCAUCGGAGACGAUCUACCUACAAAUCGGCCUCCAAACUCCCUGGACCAUCUUCUGGUUUAAGUUACGAUUCAUCUUCUAGUUCCGUUUGCUCCGUUUCUUCCAGUGACGAUGAAGUCUUAUCAAAGAAGAGGAAGUUGAACGAAAAUCAAAAUGUUGAUCGACCAGAGAUGUUGGAAGCUCCCGUUUUUAGACCGACGGAAGACGAAUUUAAGGAUCCCAUGCAAUAUUUGGAAUCGAUAUUGCCAAGCGCAGCAAAGUACGGAUUAUGCAAAGUCAUCCCACCGGAUACGUUCGACCCGCCUUGCAUUCUGGAUAACGACAUCCGAUUUGGUAUAACAUAUCAGUACAUAGCUCGUAUGUACAAGCGCUGGGGCCCGGCCGCGAGAGAACUUUGCAACAUUCGGGCGAAUUUGAUAACGCAAAAAGUACAAUGUAAUAGACCACCCUUGCUUGAGGGCCUUGAGGUAAACUUACCGAAACUGUUUAACGUCGUGCAGCGCUUAGGUGGAAUGAAGAACGUAUUCACUAAGAAGAAAUGGAAUAAGGUUGCUGAGGAGAUGAGAUACAAAAAACUGAUAAACCCAGAAAAGAGGCUAGAUCAAAUUUAUGUAAAAUUUCUUUUAGCGUACGAUACGUUGACUUAUCAUGAGCGUAAGAGGCUGGUCAAUCAAGUGAAUCGUUUAUGGAAAAAGCGUAACGAAAACAUGCUACGACGAGCUAUGAACCCGCUGCACAGACAGAAACGCAUGUUGGCGGAGUCAGAUUCCUCUUCCGACGAGGAGUAUGCCCCAGAAGAUGUACCAAUUUAUGAGGCUUUAAGCGAAACUGAAGACUGUGUUAUCGCGGGCAGAAAUAUGACCUUGAAGAUGUUCAAAAAGAUCGCCAAUACGGCUGUGAAUAUCAAUAUUGACACGCAUACUUGCAGCCCUGAAAAUGUUGAAAGGAUAUAUUGGAAGCACGUUGAAACCGGCGAGGACCAUGUGUGUGUGUAUGCGGCCUCCAUCGACACGGGCGUGGCUAACCUCGGGUUCCCAAACGAUGAACAAGCAUACAGAAAUCAUCCGUGGAAUUUAAAGAGGCUCAGUGAAAAUCCACGCAAUGUUCUUAGUUACCUUGGCCCAGUCGUGGGCAUGACCGUGCCAACCCUCCAUCUUGCAAUGGUGUUCUCAACCAGCUGCUGGCAUCGUGAUCCGCAUGGAUUGCCUUGGAUCGAAUACAUACACGAGGGUUCCGAGAAAAUAUGGUAUGGAAUCCCAGACGAUCAAAGCGAUAACUUUCGCAGUGCAGUGGAAACUCUGUGUCCCACAUUCUGCCAAAAUAAAUCCAUCUGGCUUCCAUCGGACAUAACAAUGAUACCACCGGAAGUGCUUCAGGAAUAUAAUGUCUCCAUGUGUCGUGCCACACAAAAUCCGGGCGAGUUCAUCAUUGUCUGCCCCAAGGCUUACUCUUGUUCAAUUGCCACUAAUCUAUCCGUUUCUGAGAGUGUUUAUUUCGCUACAAAGUCCUGGAUGGAUAAUUACGCCCAAGUAUUUCAAGAGCUGCGUAAUAGUUGCGAACCAGCUAUGUUCUCCAUCGAACAAUUGUUACUCUCAUUCACAAAGGACAGCCGAACUCCUCUUGAUAUGCUACACCAAAUCUACCCUGUGUUGAAUGAAAUUGUAAAAAAAGAACUACAAAAUCGGCGUUCUAUUAAAAGACUUGGUUUUAAGGGUAAAGAUAUUGAAGCGAAACCGCCUACUACGGGUGCCUGGAAUGUUCGCGAUCAAGACGAAUGUGAGCUUUGUCGAGUUACGCUUUAUCUCUCAAGGGUCAGGGGUAUGUUUGAAAAGAAAUCGACUUUGUGUCUAGAACAUGCAUUAGCAAUCUUGAAAAAGAAUGUAAGACCAAAAUUCUUGUUAGAGGUAGAGCACAUUAUGCCGUCUGAAUCGUUGACACAAAUUGUAGAAACUUUACAAAACCGGCUGAGUAAAACUUAGAAUACUACAUAGUCUACAAACAUAUAUUAUAACAUCUAAUUUGGAGCCAUUAACUCUCAAAGACUUAUUUUUGUUACACUUGUGGGUCUACAAAAGA